CGAAGUAUUUGACAGCCCUGUUUUUUCGCGUGUACAUGCUGAGGUUGGAUGGGAUGAAUUGCUGCUCACAAUAGGAAUAACUGCACCCAGGCCCACGGAGGUCUUUAGGCCUUUGCUACAGUUGUGGAUCUUGAGUUACAUCAAAGGACUCUACAGCAAUGAAUUUGAGGAAGAUAGGCCAUACGUUAGGACUAUCACGCUCUGUUGGCCUAGAAAGGAGACUUACGUGCACACGAUUUCGUCUCAUGUCGGUCAUGAAUUUCUCCGUGUCAUGUCCGGUUUCCGCGAUCUACGAUCCCCCGCCUGACUUUCGAGAUGUGGUUCUUCCUGAGGAUGAGAAGAAACGUAGGCUCCAAUUCUACCAAAAGGUUCCAGUUUUCCCUGCUGGUGUGAAACCUCCUAAGAUGCCAAAGAGGUUAGACUACAUGAGAGGACCUGAACCUGUUCACACAUUCCUUCUCCACAAGCAGUUUGGUGUUCAGGGUCAAGGGAAGAGGAUGGGUGGUGGAAAGGGAAACAUUCAUCACUACACCACUCCGGUUAAAGCUGGACGCAUCAUUUUUGAACUGGCAGGGAAGAUGGAAUUUCCUGAGGUGGAAAGUUUCUUGAGAGAAAUAGCUGGGAAGUUACCAUUCCCAGCUCGAGUGGUGUCCCAUGACAUGUUGGAGAAGGAAGCAAGAGUCAAUAAGUGGGAGGAGCAAAAUAACCAGAAUCCCUACACAUUUGAGUAUAUCAUACGUAACAACAUGCUUGGCUGUCAUUCAUGGAUCUCUCCCUAUGACCUUUUAUGGUUUGGGAAGUAUCGUUGAGUUCUACCACCUUAUCAGUCGGUCAGUGCAAUUCAUUCCCUGCUUGCAGAAUCACAAGCUGCACACCAGAAGAGAAUACCAAGAGAGUUUCCUGGAGGAUGAUGUGCUCUCAUGAUUCAAUCUCUCUUCAUUGUUUUGCAAUGGGAUAAUUGCUGGAUUUGUUCUGGUUUCUACAUGAAAUGAGGAGGAUGAUGAUGCAACAAUUGAGAAUUAUGAAAAUUGCGAAGGAUGGUGUAAUGAAGACGAAAGUUUUCUCUAAGUGGUAAUACAUUUUUGUUAUUGCCUUGUAGGUAAAAUGAGGUCUUCUGCAUCAACCUCUAUAGACCCAACCUACAGGUGUAUUUGUCAACUGCUUUCCUCCACAGACCCUGGGUCUGAAAAGGUUAAGGCUAAACAGUGCCUUUUCUGGUAAAAUUGUAUCACCCACCUACAGUAUCACAUAUGUUAAUCUUAACAUUGGCAGGGAAGGGAAAUUGUGACUUCUAUUUUUUCUUCUUUCCCUUCAUUGAUGUAUUUUGAUUAGAUUUUAUCACAAGAGAUAGAAAGAGAAGGGGGAAGGGUGAAAGGUGAAGAUAGGUCUGUAUUAUCCUGGAGUUGCUCUUAUCCAAUCUCUUUUGAUAUACAUGAAUUUUAUACCAGCAAGAAUUGUGCAAGCAGUGACACAAUACAAUAGACAGCAACAGAGUGUCAAAAUCAUGCACAAUAAAUAAUUAACAUAAUCUAGAAUAAUUUAGUCAGAAACUAAAUCAACUUGAAUAAUAUUCACAUGGAAUCACCAUGAAUCUAAGGCAUACAGGAAUUAUGACAGAAAUGGUUCCAUGUUGAUCUCAAAACUGAAGUGAUUUGACAGUGACAUCCAUGGAGUUAUACUGACACAAAAUACCAAAGACAGGAGCUACCCCAGACCAAAUAAUGAAGAAAGGAAUCAUUUCAGCACAGUAGUAUAUCAAAUGGAAUUGAGAAGACAUGGAAAUACAUAAACACAGGAAGACAUAGACAAAUUGUGGGUUUGCAGGAAGGGGUAGUGCUGGUUGGUGAUGCAUAGACGUUCAUUACUUUUGGCUUAAUCUAUAAAGGGACUGUAAAAGUUGAUUCAUGAUGCCCUAGCAUUGUUAUCCUUCUCUGAUUUAGAAAUGAUUUCCAGUUAGGGCUCAUCCACUCCCU